AAUAGCGACGCUCGGCUCAGAUCACGGCAGUAACUCGCGCCGCCUCCGCGUUCAUUUGUCUAACUCUAAUCAUUAACUCACAGCAGAGCUUUCCAACUCGAGCAGAGGAAGAGUCGAGUCUAAAGCGGAGACUAACACGACAGAGCCAAGGUGAGAUGCUCCGAUCUUCAUCAUGAAGGAUUCAUAGACUUUCUGUUUCAAGUUAUACGCUGUGAUUUCGAGCUUUGUGGGUUUGAUGAUUAACGGUCGUGAUAACGGAGCAGAUAAGCAGGACUAAAGUCAAUAAGUCCACACAGAGCGACUGACAUCAUGGAGGAGAACGAGGAAGUGCAGAGAGACUGGAAAGAACUGGAGCCAAGUCACGAGGUGAAGAUCUUCCUCACUGUGCUGUACAGUCUCAUCCUCGUCCUCGGCAUCCUGGGAAACAGCAUCACCAUCCACGUGUCUCAGCGGCUGCAACGCAGCGGAUACCUGCAGAAGAGCGUGACGGAUCACAUGCUGAGUCUGGCCUGCUCUGACCUGCUGGUGCUGUUGAUCGGGAUGCCCGUGGAGCUCUACAGCGCCAUCUGGUUCCCCUUCUCGUCCUCGUCCGGCGACGCCGCCUGCAGGAUCUACAGCUUUCUGUUCGAGGCCUGCAGCUACGCCACCGUCCUCAACAUCGCCUCGCUGAGCUUCGAGCGCUACCUGGCCAUCUGCCACCCGUUCCGCUAUAAAGCCGUGUCCGGCAGCCGCACGACGAAGCUGUUGCUGUCUGCCUGGAUCUGCUCGGCUCUCGUGGCUCUGCCGCUGCUCGUGGCCACAGGAACUGAAGGAGUUAUCCCUGAGGGCCGCCGGACUCCGGUGCAGAACCUGACCUUCUGCACUAACUUGAGCCAACACUGGGUCAUGUACCGCACCAGCAUCUUCACCGCGUUCGCGCUCUAUCUGCUCGUUCUGGGCGGCGUGGCCUUCAUGUGCAGAGCCAUGAUCGCUGUUCUGCGGGCCCCGAUGGGACCCAACAAAUCUGGUGCAAACGGAGCUGGAGCCAAACACGAGAGCGCACGGCUAAAAGCGUCCCGCAAACAGACCAUCCUCUUCCUCGUGCUGAUCGUCUGCGCUCUGCUCGUGUGCUGGAUGCCCAAUCAGAUCCGCAGGCUGAUGACGGCGGCGGUGCCCAAGUCGGCGUGGACCGUGAGUUACCUGCGCAGCUACGUGAAGCUUCAUCCGGUCGCCGACAGCUUCUUCUACCUGAGCUCGGUGCUGAACCCACUGCUGUAUAACCUAUCCUCGCGCCAGUUCCGCUCGGCGUUCCUGCAGACGCUCCUGUGCCGUCUGUCGCUGCAGCACGUCAACAGAAGAACGCUGGAGAGCAGUCAGGCCACCAAGAGCUCCAGAAACACCUUUCGGCCCCUGCUGCGGCGAUCUCUGGACCGCAUACGGAUGGUUACCAGUGACAGAUCGACGCCUCCAUCGUCAGCAGAGAGACAAAACCCUCAGAACCCCACCGACAGACCACUGACCUCUGAACCACAGGAGGAUGAGAUAAACCAACCUACCGCACUACCUAACACUAACUAAUGAACAAACCAGCUGGAGAAGACUAUAGACCACCGUAGACCACAGCAGACCACAGCAGAACACCGUAGACCACAGCAGACCACAACAGAACACCAUAGACCACAGCAGACCACAGCAGAACACCGUAGACCACAGCAGAACACAGCAGAACACUGUAGACCACAGUAGAACACCGUAGACCACAGCAGACCACAGCAGAACACC